AAUUACUUUUGACCAAAAAAAAUGACAUGAAAAUAAUAACACUCUCUCACACAAUACAAGUACUAUUUAGAUGACUCAACCUUUCCCCUCCCUCCUAUAAACACCACUUCUUCUUCCUUGCUCAUUCAACAACUCAACACCCCUUCUUUUCCCAAUUCCAAUUCCCUUAAAAAAGAUAAAAAUAAAAAAACACCUAUCUUUCAAAUCCCAAAAUCACCCAUCUUCAAAAUUUAUAAAAUUAUUACAGCAAAAAAUAAAAUAAAAAAUCCUUUUUUAUUUUUAUUUUUAUGUUGUUUCAUUUUAUAUUUGAUUGAUUGAUUGAUUUUAUUUUAAUUUUUCACUUCAAGAUUCCCAAAUCCUAUUUUCAUUUUCAUCACUAAAAUUUCUAUCAAUUUAUCUUUUUUCUUUCUCUUUCAAAUGCUUCAUCCUUAGAUUAGAUUGCUUCAAUUUCACAAAAUUCUCCUCAAUGCGCACCGUUUUGUUCUAUCGAAGAAAACCUAGUUUCUAGGGUUAGAAUCUAGUGUUAGGGUUCACAAAAUCUCCUCAAAUUCUCUCUUCUCUUUCAACAAGUUUCCAUCUUUGUUCAAAACCCAUCAAAUUGUUGCGAUUACGAACCGAUUUGGCAUGGUGGGUAACGACGAUGCUCGAGCUCCAUGCCACCUUUCAAAUUCCCGAAAAAUGUUUUGGCGCUCUGCUUCGUGGUCUUCCGCUCGUACAUCCGCCGCAAACCCUUCCGGAGAAUCGGAAUCGAAUUUCUCAGAUCCCAAUUCCGGUGUUGAGAAUACCAACCGGAGAUUCCCUCCGCCGCCGUUGACGCCUAGGUCGCAGCAAAAUUGUAAGGCACGGUCGUCGUGUUUGCCGCCUCUUCAGCCUCUUUCGAUUGCUCGCCGGAGUUUGGAUGAGUGGCCGAAAGCGAGUUCCGACGAUAUCGGGGAGUGGCCACAACCACCUAUUACUCCUGGUGGGAGAGGUAAUGGUAGUAGCAAUAGUAAUAGUACUAAUAACAAUGGUGAAAGAUUGAAACUUGAUUUGUCUACAAUUCAGCAGAAUAAUAAUCCUGAUAGUAGGAAUAAUGGUGGACUUGUGAAGAGAGAUAAGAUUGCUUUUUUCGAUAAGGAAUGUUCUAAAGUUGCUGAACAUGUUUAUCUUGGUGGUGAUGCUGUUGCUAAAGAUAGGGAAAUUUUGAAAAGAAAUGGGAUUACUCAUGUUUUGAAUUGUGUAGGUUUUGUGUGUCCUGAGUAUUUCAAAGCUGAUUUUGUGUAUAGGACUUUGUGGCUACAAGAUAGUCCUAGUGAGGAUAUUACUAGUAUUUUGUAUGAUGUAUUUGAUUAUUUUGAGGAUGUUAGGGAAAAGAAUGGGAGGGUGUUUGUUCAUUGUUGUCAAGGGGUGUCCAGGUCGACGUCUCUUGUUAUUGCUUACCUUAUGUGGAGGGAAGGACAGAGUUUCGAUGAUGCUUUUCAGUUUGUGAAGGCGGCGAGAGGUAUUGCUGAUCCGAAUAUGGGGUUUGCUUGUCAGUUAUUGCAGUGUCAGAAAAGGGUUCAUGCAUUCCCUCUUAGUCCUAGCUCUUUGUUGAGAAUGUAUAGGAUUGCUCCUCACUCGCCGUAUGAUCCUUUGCAUCUUGUUCCGAAGAUGUUGACAGAUCCGUCUUCGUCUGCUUUGGACUCUAGGGGUGCAUUUAUUGUGCAUAUUCCUUCGGCGAUAUAUGUUUGGAUAGGUAAGAAAUGUGAAGCUAUCAUGGAAAGGGAUGCUAGAGGGGCUGCGGGUCAGAUUGUCCGGUAUGAGAGAGUGCAAGGAUCGGUUAUCAUGAUUAAGGAAGGUGAUGAACCACCAUAUUUUUGGGAUGCUUUUUCGAAGUUUUUGCCUUUGAUGGACAUGAGUGGUGGCAGUAAAGAAGAAAGUAGCAAACCAUGUCUUAAGUAUUUUCCUGGUGACAGGAAAGUUGAUGCAUAUGAUGUGGAUUUUGAAGUUUUUGGAAAAGCCAUUGUGGGAGGUUUUGUGCCUCCAUUUGCAUCAUCAGAGAAUGAACAUGAAACACAUCUUCCUGCAAGAGAGAGUAGUUGGAGUGUUUUAAGGCGGAAAGGUUCCUCUCCUAAUGUGAAGGAAUUUGUCUCAGCCCCUAAGUUAUCCCUCCCACGGGUUUAUUCAGAUUCCAUGUUGUGUAUUCAUACAUCACAAAUUCAACAAUUUCCAUCACCCUCAAUGUCGUCAACAUCAUCAACUUUAUCAUCAUCCUCUUCACCCCCUUUUGUCUCUCCAGAUUCUGUUUCUUCUGAUUCCAGCACUCACUCAAAGUUUUUGUUAGAUUUGUCCCCAGAUUCCUCCACUCUAGUUUCUCCAGUAUCUUCAUCUUUGUCUAGCUUUUCUAAUUUGUCCCUCUCGUCAAAUUCUACUUCUCAACCAACGUCUAAGUGUACAGAUAUUGAUGGCGUCAAGUUAUCACAUCCAUGUUCUCAGGCUGCCUCCUUAUCAUUGAAAAAACCAUCAACUUCCAUUGCUGAACGCAGAGGUAGUUUAUCCAAGUCUUUGAAGUUGCCACCCCUAAUGAAUAAUAACACAAAAACAAUAGAUAAACCAUCAACUAUUCGUUCCAGUCGGGAACAUGGUGUUCUUGCUAACAACAACUUUAGCUGUGUGCAAGAUUCAGACAGUAUAGAUUAUUUGUUUGAUUCUACCAACCAUGUCAAAGGUGAAGGUACGAAUUGUGAGCUGGCAUCACGUCCAGGCAUUGUUGAUAGCGCAGGCUGCAAGGAAUCACCACUUCUCAGGAACUGUGUUGAGCCUUUGGGACAUAGUUUCUCAAGAGAAGAUUUGAACUUUACCUCAUCAAGGGGAGCUAAUGAGAGUGGCUCGUUACAGUGUAGUAAGACACGAACUUUAGUAUAUCGCUGGCCCAGUCUAGAAAAGAUUGAGACUUUUGGUGCAAAUCAUUUGGGCUCGGAGGCUGCUUUUGUCAUAUUCUCUCCAAGCAUGCAUAUGCAUACAGGAAACAUUUUGUAUAUUUGGGUAGGGAGUUCUUUCAAACUGGAUACUUCACAGGCUCAGUUAGAUAGUGAUAGACAGUCUGAUUUUCUUGGAGCAGUUGACUGGAACCAAAUUGGUUGUGAUCUCCUUGCUCAGUUUGAUUUGCCGAAGAAUACAGUCACUAAGAUUGUUAAAGAGAAUGAAGAACCGCAAGAGUUCCUUGCUUUGCUGAGUUCAUUGUAGCACAAGUAGUACUAGGAGAAACCUGGGUUCAAGUAAAUUUCGCAAGCUUUCCUUCAUCUGCAGCUGUCUCUAUGUGUCAAUUUUGAAGGCUCUAAUAUGAUUUCCCCUGUGAAAAGAAAUCCAGCGAGGAGGUUGCCAUUCAAUGGGUCCAAUGUAGCUUGGCUGAUUCUACAUUGCUUUAACAUUUUCAACCUAGACAUUUAUUUGCAACAUACUGAUUUUUAUUUAAAUAUUCUCAUGUUAUUUAAGGAGGAAAAUAAUCUCAAAUCCUUCAUUAAAUGUAUCCCUUAUUGAGAAUUUAUAAAUUGAUAGAACAGCUCAAUGUUGUAUAAGUCCUUCAUUAUAACAAAAUCACAUAGUUUUAGUUGCACAUUGUAUAUUACUGAAACAUGCUUGUAUGAUAGACAUCUAUGGCAAUUAUUAUUUUAGAA